AUUAACCGCUCGGUAAAUUUUCUCUCUCUUUCAUCUUCUUUCUGACAUACUCUUUCUUCUUCAUUAUAUUUGUUUUUGAAAUCAGUCUUUUUCUAUUUCCCAUCUCCUCUGACCUAGACGUUUGUCAUCGUCGUUUGGUUGCUCUUCAUUUUCUCUCGUUCUGUAGUUCGCCUGCGUUGCAUUUCGAGGAAGAACAAAUCCGGGCUAAGAAGAUAAUGGGAAAAGAAAAGAUCUUCUUCGGCAGUGAUGAGACGAAAGGGAAGAAACGGCCAGCCCGUACUGUGGAAGUGGAUUCUCAGAUCCUGGAAAUUGUUCUGCACUAUGAUGGAGAAUUUGGAGAAGGUGGUUAUUUGUGGGGCGACGUGUGUGCAAGAUGUUUUGACAUUUCCCAACUGUCACUGAAUAGGCUUGAUUUGUGGGCCAAAAAAAUUGGAGUGAAGGGGCUGGUUAUGUAUUAUUGGAGGCAGCCAGAGUUGGACUAUCAUCGAGGGAUAAAACCUCUUGAACAUGAUAGAGAUGUUGAGGAGAUGGCAAGGGCUGCACUAAAAGAAGGUGUGGUUGAUGUCUACGUUCGAUAUUUAACCUCUGAUGAUGUGCAUAAUUUGGUGCCUGAGAGUGGACCCAAGUUAGAAUUGAAAGAAAUUGAAGAAGAUGGUCCAUUUGAGCCAGUUGAAGAUGGUCCAGUGGAGGCAGUUGAAGAUGCCGCGGGAGUUGAAGAAGGUCCAGGUGAUGAAUUAUUGUUGCUAGAGUGGUACGGCACUGAAGAUGAGGGCCAAGUAGAAGCCUUGGAAGUGGAGAUUGCUGCUGCUGAAGGCCCAUCUGAUGUGGCUGAAGGUCCAGAAGAAGGGUGCAGCAAAAAACAGAAGAACAAAUAAAAACGAAAGAACAAAUAAAUGUAGCGUUGUUUUGUAUUUCCGGAUAUUGUUGUUAUUUUAUUUUAAAACACUUAUAUGUUUUUUAUAUGUGCUAUUUCAUAAUUUAGCAUUGCUUA